AAGGCACGGCACUCGCCAAGGCGGGAAAACAGACACGGCACAGAAACAACAGAAAGAAAACCUCGCGGUCGGUCUAGCRGCAGGACCGAUCGAAAAACAAAAACCACCGCCUUCCCACCGUCUCCAAUGUACCGAUUCCCGAGCAGCGGCAGGGGAAGAUACAGAUUCGCCCUGGRUUCUUCCCUCGCCGCCGGAACCGCGGCGUGGGCGAGAACAGCCGCGGCGGCGCCGCUGGCAGAGCGGCUUCUCUCCAUGGGUUCCGGUAGACGCCAAGGCCAUGGGAGCAACAGCGACAGCGAGAGCCCCGGUCCCUCCCKCCUCAACCUGGCCCUCGUCGGCCCCCCCGGCAGCGGCAAGGGCUCGUACGGGAGGCACUUUGCUUCGGACCUGGGGAUACCGCUGGUCACCGCCAGCGACCUGCUGCGGAGGCUCCGACCGGAGGUGGCCGGCCUGCUGUCGGAGGGGAAGCUSGUGGACGAUGCCGUCGUGGCCGGAGCCGUCCUCGAGGGGCUGACCGAGCUGCGGGACCAGAGCAAAGGCAAACGCAGAAACGGAAACGGAAGCGGCGCUUUCGGCUACGUCCUCGACGGCUUUCCGCGGACCCUGCGGCAGGUCGAGCUCAUGGAGGCCACCUGGCCGGGGUCCCUGGGGGUGGCCACGGUGGUCCACCUCGACGUGCCCGAUUUCGUCUGCGAGGCCAAGCUCCUGGGCCGCCGGAGCUGCUCGGGCUGCGGGAGGUCCUGGAACGCCAGCGGAGUGGACAAGGACCCCUGGUUCCUCCCGGCCUUUCUGCCGGGCGGCAACGGCGCCGCCGAGGCCUGCGGGGGCAAGACCGGGGGCGAGCCCUGCGACGCGAGCCUCCGGCGGGACGACGACGCACCGGGGAUCGUGGGGGACCGCCUAAGGGCCUACCACCGGAACGCGGACCCGAUCCUGGACUUCUUUCGGGGGAGCGGGCACCGGCUCCUCACGUUGCGGCCCUACCGCGGGUUCGAGGACCUCCCGGGCCUCACCGAGCGGCUGCGGUCGCACGUCGGGGCAGGGUGAACAGAGCCCGGACGGACCGCCUCGUUGCGGGCGGCUGCGGGCCUUGCCGCGUGGCGACCACCGAACCGAGGGCUUUCCCCCGAGGGGGCACCCGCCGGCCCCAGACACGGUCGCCACAACCAAGCCGGGCCUCGCCGGACACUCGUGGAAAGGGUGCUUCCGGUGUUGUGCCAGACGCUAAGCAAAGCACGA